CUUUGCCUCUGAAGCCCAACGUUUUGUUUCUUAGACCUCGCGAGAACUUGGGCCGCCGCCGCCGUCGCCGCGGUUCCAAAAGCAAGCUUGACGCCCGUGGGCGCCGCCAUCUUGCUUCAGCGGAGCCUGCAGAGGCGGGUAGAGAGGGCGCCCGGGCUCUUGGGGUGGGGGAGAACUUGCGGCGGGGAGGAAGGUGCGGCUUGUGGGUUGGAACCGGAGCCUUGGCUGCCGCUUCUCCCCUUUCGCUUCGCUGGGUCGCUUCCACGGAGGUCGGUCCGACCAGACAGCAAGAUGGCGGUGGAGUCUCGCGUUACUCAGGAGGAGAUUAAGAAGGAGCCCGAGAAGCCUAUCGAUCGUGAGAAGGUGUGGGGAGGAGCUGGGGGAAGAGGCGGGAGGGCGCUUUCACACGUUACACGCCCGCGUUUGCAGCAGCGUGUAUGCUUCACAGGGAGGGCUGGUUCACCUGUUGGGAGACUCUUCGUGAUGGCCUGCUCAGACGUUCAGUGUUUAGCAUUGGUGAACUAAGAGGUUCUUUUCUCUCAACCAUACCGUUUACUUGUGUGUGUGUGUCCUAUUUUAUGGCUGAAGAAACGCUCGUUUAGAUAAGUUGUCUAAGUGGUGGUAGAAAAAGUGGGGAGGGGUGUGUCUACACAAGCGGUCUCUCCCCCCCCCCCCAAAGGCUUCCAAUAGCAAACUUCAGUUUUUCCACUUUGGCUUGCUUUUAUAUCCAUGGGAUAUUACGUCUAAUGGGAAAGGGCUAAGAUGCAAUAGCUUUUUUUUUUUUUUUUUAAUAUGUAGAUACAAAACAGUAAUAAAAGUAUACAGUGGUGCCCUGCAAGACGAAUGCCUCGUAGGACGAAAAACUCGCUAGACGAAAGGGUUUUGCGUUUUUUGAGUCGUUCCGCAAGACGAAUUUCCCUAUGGGCUUGCUUUGCAAGACGAAACGUCUUGCGAGUUCUUGCGAGUUUGUUUCCUUUUUCUUAAAGCCGCUAAGCCGUUAAUAGCCGCUAAUAGCCGUGCUUCGCAAGACGAAAAAACCGCAAGACGAAGAGAAUCGCGGAACGUUUUAAUUUCGUCUUGCGAGGCACCACUGUAUAAGGAAUGAGAGUACAGAAGAUAUACACAUGCAGAAGACAAUCUAAAUAAGAAAUAUCAAGACAUAAAACAGCAGCACUGCCUAUUACACUAGAAGAGAAUUGACAUAAAAUAACGACUCACAUAUUAUGCAGGUGAAUUGAUUGGAACAUCUUUUGAGCAGUUAAUUAAGUAAAGUCUCAACCUUUAUUUAGCCACAGUUUUUGCUAAACUUUGUAAUUAUAUCCUACAGUUUUGUAGCCCAAGCACAAGUCCGUUACAUAUGAAGAAAAUUCCAAGUACCUCUAGAUUUAAAAAAGGUUCCACUUAAGUGCCUUGAGGUUUCUUAGUCAAAUGGUGUAUAAAGUUUAUGAAAUAAAUAACAACAAACGUUACAGAAAGUGCCACUUUUGUUAUUAUUUACUUCUUCAUUGUAAAAAAAAUCCCUCAGAAUGGUUUAUCAUAGAUUAAACAGAUCCCUGUUCCACUUUAAUGUAUAUAAGGGUUGGAUUUUUGUUAUGAAAAUUAAAAGAAAAAAUGCAAUUAAAUGUUAGAAAAUAUAUUUUAAGAGUACUUAACAAUCUCAAAUUUAAUCUUAGGUCUUGAAUUUUUUCCCCCCUUUGAUAAUUUUAGCUGCCAAGUAUUGAUUAAAGGAUAGUCUUUUCCCCAUUACGGUACAUUAAGGACUUGGUCAUAAGAAAUAAUUUAAAAGUGUUGUAUAAAAAUGUAGGUUGAAAACAAAACCAUUCUUGUAUGUGAUGUAGGUGAUGUUUGUUGUCAUUCGUUGCUUGCUUUGCAGCAAGUGAAUGGUCUCUUCUUUGCCUUACAGACCUGCCCCCUCCUUCUGAGGGUCUUCACCACCAAUAAUGGACGCCAUCACCGAAUGGAUGAGUUUGCCCGUGGAAACGUACCUUCCAGUGAACUGCAGAUCUAUACCUGGUGAGUGGCAGCAGUCUGAGCUGCACUUCUCCACUUGUAGCAAUUUUGGUGUGGUAACUGAAGGUGGGUUUCCACACACCCCUCCACUGGACAGAGGCUGUUUUUUUCAUUGCUAGAUGAAAGGCCAAACAUGAACUGGUGAAGCUUUGAUAUUUUUGCCUCAGAUAUUGAAGGCCCAGAAUCUCUGCCACCUCUUCUUUUAGACAGUCUGGAGUAGAGCACUUGUGGAAUGCAUCCUGUUCUUACUCUGUUUUCUGCAGUCCUCGUCAUUGACAAAUACAGUCAUACCUCGGGUUGAAUGUGCUUCGGGUUGAGCGCGUUCGAGUUGCGCUCCGUGGCAACCUGGAAGUAACAGAGCGCAUUACUUCUGGGUUUUGCCGCUCACACAUGCGCAGAUACUCAAAAUGACGCCAUGCGCGGAAGCGGCAAAACGCGGCACGCGCUGUUGCGUCUUACGUUCUGUUCAGGUUGCGAACGGGGCUCCGGAACGGAUCCCGUUCGCAUCCCGAGGUACCACUGUACCAGCCAGUUGGGAGAUAAACUUCCCAGUACUGCUUUUUUCCUGUGGAACAAUGACUAAGGUCUUUUGGUUGUCUUCCCAUUUCUUAUGGGCCAUCUGUUGAAUGAGAAGAGGAAGCUUGUAUCUACAGCACCUUUGUGAAUGCGGUGCAGCCUAUUUUUUAGCCCAGAGUGUUUGCUGGGUCAGGAGGAGUGUCUCAUACGGCACUUCUCACCCAGCAAAUGCCCUGGUCCAAAUUGGAAUGUGACCGAGAUGCAAAAUUACAGUUAUAUUUCUUGCUCCUAAUGCUGUUGAUUUCUGCAUGAGUGUUCUGCAAAUCGACAAAGAGCAGUUGAACAAUAAGACACUCAUUCUGGAUUUUAGGUUAUGGCAUAGCCAUAGUCUAAUAGUUCUUUGUCCUAUAUAAAAUAAACUCAGACUAAUCCUUUGUUCUAAAAUCUCUAAAAUGAGAUGUAGUUCUUGAUGCAGUUCACUGACCUCUUAAGAGUUUUGACUUAAUAUCACAAUGUUAAAAUCUAGGGAUACUAUAUGACUUAAAAUGCUGCUUUUCUUCCAGGAUGGAUGCAACUCUAAAAGAACUGACAAGUUUAGUGAAAGAAGUCUACCCGGAAGCAAGGAAAAAGGGCACACAUUUUAACUUUGCAAUAGUCUUCACAGAUCUUAAAAGGCCUGGUUACAGGUAAAAUAGUCACUGGAGUCAGUAGAUGCAAAUUGUAGCAAAAUCUGAAAAGUUCUAAUGAAAUUCUUCAUAGGAAUUAUAAUACACCGUGGGAGCAGGGCCAGGGCGGGAGAGUGCUAGAGUUCUGUCUAGUCCUGUUAUAUGGGAUCAAUUCCAAUCUGUUACCUCCGAGGAUGUGGACAGGCUGCUUGGACAAGUGAAACCGACCACCUGUCUCCUUGAUCCUUGCCCAUCCUGGCUGAUAAAAGCGAGCCGGGAAGGGCUGGGCGAUGGGCUCUGCGGGGUGGUGAAUGCUUCCUUCUGUGAGGGAGCCUUCCCAGACCCGCUGAAAGAGGCGGUCAUUAAGCUGCUUCUUAAAAAAACAUCUUUAGACCCAGCCAAUGUGGCUAACUAUCGCCCAGUCUCAAAUUUACCAUUCUUGGGCAAGGUGAUUGAGCGGGUGGUUGCCGAACAACUCCAAGCACGCCUGGAGGAUGCGGACCAUUUGGAACCCUUCCAAUCGGGAUUCAGGCCUCAUCAUGGGACUGAAACUGCCUUGGUCGCGCUGGUUGAUGGUCUCCGGCGGGCUAGGGACAAAGGUGAGAGCUGUUUCCUAGUUCUGCUGGAUCUCUCAGUGGCCUUUGACACCAUUGACCAUAACAUCCUUCUGGACCGUCUUGAGGAGCUGGGAGCACUGUUAUACGGUGGUUCCGCUCCUUUCUCCUGGGCCGUGUCCAGAAAGUGGUGUUGGGGGAUGAGUGUUCAGACCCCUGGGCUCUCACUUGUGGGGUGCCUCAGGGUUCCGUCCUCUCCCCCCAUGCUUUUUAAUAUCUAUAUGAAGCCGCUGGGAGAGAUCAUCGGGGGUUUGGGCUGGGUGUUCAUCAGUAUGCAGAUGACACCCAGCUCUACCUCUCCUUUAAAUCAGAACCAGUGAAGGUCCUUUGUGAGUGCCUGGAGGCGGUUGGAGGAUGGAUGGCGGCUAACAGAUUGAGGUUGAAUCCUGACAAGACAGAAGUACUGUUUUUGGGGGACGGGGUGGGCGGGUGUGGGGGGAUUCCCUGGUCCUGAAUGGGGUAACUGUGCCCCUGAAGGACUAGGUGCGCAGCCUGGGAGUCAUUUUGGACUCACAGUUGUCCAUGGAGGCACAGGUUAAUUCUGUGUCCAGGGCAGCUGUCUACCAGCUCCACCUGGUACGCAGGCUAAGACCCUACCUGCCCGCGGACUGUCUCACCAGAGUGGUGCAUGCUCUGGUUAUCUCCCGCUUGGACUACUGCAAUGCUCUCUACGUGGGGAUACCUUUGAAGGUGACCUGGAAACUGCAAUUAAUCCAGAAUGCAGCAGCUAGACUGGUGACUGGGAGUGGCCGCCAGGACCACAUAACACCAGAUCUGAGAGAUCUGCAUUGGCUCCCGGUACGUUUCUGAGCACAAUUCAAAGUGUUGGUGCUGACCUUUAAAGCCAUAAAUGGCCUCGGUCCUGUAUACCUGAAGGAGCGUCUCCACCCCCAUCGUUCAGCCCGGACACUGAGAUCCAGCGCCGAGGGCCUUCUGGCGGUUCCCUCAUUGCGAGAAGUAAGGUUACAGGGAACCAGGCAGAGGGCCUUCUCAGUAGUGGCGUCUGCCCUGUGGAACGCCCUCCCAGCAGAUGUCAAGGCAAUAAACAACUAUUUUACUUUUAAAAGAUAACUGAAGGCAGCCCUCUUUAGGGAAGUUUUUAAUGUCUAAUGCUGUAUUGUUUUUAAUAUUCAGUUGGAAGCUGCCCAGAGUGGCUGGGGAAACCCAGCCAGAUGGGCGGGGUAUAAAUAAUAAAUUAUCUUUAUGUGCGUAGAAUUUUCAAAAAGGGGUGUGUAAAAACAGGGUGGACAUCCAGGAAAAGAAAACCUUUGGAAAUUCAACCCCCACCCAAAUUGCACGCAGUGUGUUGACUAUAUGUGGUUUUGGUUUUAUCCCCAUGUAAGUUGGCAGUUACCUGUACUUAUAUCUGCACUUUUCUAAGUGUCUCUAAUUUAAAGCUACCAAACCCACUGCUGCCGAUCACAGGAGACAGUACUUGACUAGGUGGAACAAAGAUAUGGCUCAUGUUCUUAUUUUGGUCUUAAUUUUUUUUUACAGGGUGAAAGAGAUUGGCAGUACAAUGUCAGGCAGAAAGGGCACAGAUGAUUCCAUGACUCUGCAGUCUCAGAAGUUCCAGAUAGGGGAUUACCUGGACAUAGCAAUUACUCCCCCAAAUCGAGCACCACCUCCAUCAGGUCGCAUGAGACCUUAUUAAUAUUUUGCUUUCUUCUAAUGACCACACUACAUGGUCAUACAGAUUACAAACGGCUUGUUUUUUUUAAUGCAAAGUGAAAAUACUAGAAAACCUGUUAAGUUGUAGAAAUACUGAAAUUAUGUUACUGUAUAUUUUUAGAAGGUUGCUCUCUGCUAGGUUUUCGUUUUCUGAAUAGCUGAAAACCAGACACUGCAGUGUUUCUUAAAGUGUGUAAUGUUUGGCUAAAACACCACAAGCAGUCUUGAGGUAUUUGAAACCGUAUAUAUUCUAAGGCCAACCUAUAGUGUGGAAAGAUUAAAUGAGAGGUAUUUCAUAAGCGCACUGUAAGAUUGCCUUUUAAGAAACAUCUUUUUGAACAUCCAUAAAGUACCUAUUUUGUCAGAAAUCAGAGUCUACAACGCCAUCUGGGAGAGCUGCAUUUUCCCAGGUACAAAGUAUUGGGUGUAGAUGAUGGGAUUGCCAAUGCGGUGAGCACAACAUCUGUGCUCAAUAAUUGCAUAUUCAUUGUGCAAAAAUAUUCACCCUAAUACAGCUGUAGUAGGACUUACACUAUCAGAUGGACAGAAGUGUCAAGGUUUGUUGAAAAGCAUCCUGAAAUUAGUCAUAAUAGAAGGAAAUCAUGGCAGCUUAACACCUGUAAUAUUACACCCUAUUUUAUUCACUGAUGUGUAAGUGCGACCAGGAGGGCUACUAUUUUUGCUUCUGGUUUUGACUGUAUUUGACUACGAAAGGAUUUGAACCACUUAACGUAUUCCCAAUUUAAAAUGCAAUUGUUGCUUCAACUGGAAGUUACAUCCUUAAAAAUGGGAAGUUCUAAAAAAUCUUCCACAGGCAAGGUUUCCACAGCUGUAUGACUGUCUUGAUAUAAUUAAGUCCUUGUUAAAUAAUUUUAUUUUUUAAAACUUGUAAAAAUAAAAGCAGUGACAUAGCUUUGUAAAAUGUGUUUCGUGACAAUGAUAGCAGUUGCUAUCAAAAACAAAAGCUGGAAGUUUUCUUGUUGCUUGCUUGCCCACCUGCCCUUUUGUCUAGACAUUACAUCACAUGCUGUAGACUGAAGAUGGAAUUCUCUCAUGAAUUGCUUGCUAUAAAAUUGAAAACAUUCUUAAUCAUGAUAGAACAGGAUUGCUUUAGUUGAAACGUUGGUGGGGGUUUUACCCAUAACAAAAAUAUGGGGUAUUGUACAGUGGGACUUCUGCAGCCUCUCAAAUCUGCUCCAGGGUCCCCUCUACAGCACAUAUGUGGAUGCCUUCUUAAUACUAUGUUGAAACAUUGGUAACAGACCAUGGUUAAGUAUGAACACUUACAAUCCUGAAUGUUCCAUCUAACUUUUUUUAAUAAAAAAAAAUAUCAAAUUUAAAAAACCACAAUGGCAACUCCCGCAGUCCUAAAAAUAUGCAGAAAAUUUGCGGGCAGGGGGAGGGUGGAUUCAAAGAUCAAAUUAGUUUAAGAGCAGGGCAGCAGAGUAGGCCACUCUUAACUGUUUCCCCCUCGCUUCUACAAUCCUUACGUAUCAGCUCACAAGCAGAAUUUAAACAAAUACUUAAUAAAUGCAGUCCUAACUUCCAUUAGCAUGGAGAUACAGGUUUUCAUAAUGUAUUUGGGGGUCUCUGGGGAAAUGAAAGAAGAGACUAUAGUUUUAGUUAAACUGGUUGCCAAACGGUUAGAAAUAAAUAUUCUGAUAUUUUCCCAUGGAGUUUGCUGGACAAUCUUCAUUAUAGCAGCCUCUAAAAAGCCAAGUCAUAGCCUUCAUCCAUAUUACUUUCUGCAAAUGUAAUCAAAAAACAAAGCCGUUAAAUUAUAAUAUUGGCACUAUGUUCAAGUGACUUCCAUUGAAACAUGCCCAUUUGUAUUCAUUUCAUAGGGGUCUUGACGAAAGGACAGCCAUCUUGUUUUUUGUUUUGUUUUUUAAAUGUCUAAAAAUUCACUCUUGUAUUGAACUGCUAAGUCUGAAAGUGGAAACACAUUGCAUUCCUUCUUUACCAGUCUUUGAACUCCUGUUCACCUUUUCCUCCAAUAAACCUGGGUCAUGCCCAGGCAACGAGAGCUGAUUUGAGUAAUGGGAUUUUCAGUUAGCCCAAUCCCACCUUUCAGUCUGUCCUCCUUUCUAUUAGACACUGAUAAGGCUCUCAGUGGCUAUGUUCUACUUCCAGUGUCAGCCGCAGUUUGCCUCUGAAUGCCAGCAGCAAGGAAUCUCAAGUCAGAAGAGUGCUGUUAUGCUCAAAUCCUGCUUUUGGGCUUCCCCAUAGGCAUCUGGUUUACCACUGUGGGAACAGGAUGCUGGGCUAGACAGGCCGCUGGCCUGAUCCAGAGCUAUUCUUAAUAUAUACUGAAUCUUAAAACUUCAACAAGAUAUUGGCAGUAGCUCCGUAUCCACACAGUGUUUCCAAGAACUAUGACUGGUUGCAGGAGAGUUCCCAGGCAGCUAGCUUUCAUUGAUGCCAUGUGGUGGGUUGGAAUUGUGGCUGGGUGCAAACCCACAUAUACAGCAAGAGGCAGGGAUGAGUAGGGGUCCUGUUCUUUGGACACCAUGCCACAAAUCUACCUACUAAUGCCAGACCUUUGCAAGGGGCAGCGAGUGCCUCAUAUGCCUGCACAUAGUACAAUGCUACUUCCACCGAGUGUCUGGAAAAGCCAGACAGGUGUGUGUGGAAUACCUCAUGCUCAAAUCUCACCUGUUUUCUUUGUUCCCAGUAUCAAGAACAGGCUGUUUUUCAAACUCUGUAGCAAUUCCUACACGAGUCCCCUUUUCCAGUGAUCUGUAUGCUUCUACCUUUGGAUUGUAUUUUGACAAGAUCUGUAACAAAAAAUAAUAAUAAUUAAGUAGAUGAUGUUGGAGAAGCGUGGACCUUUCCAAGUUUUAUACUUUCCAUGCACAAGGAAAACAAUUUGCUGGCAAAAAUGUCAAAAUCGGCAUUAGCAGCAGGAAGGUUUAACUUGUUCACCUGAGAAAUCUGCCUUGGAAUCACGGUUAUUUCAGGAGGAGGAGGAGGGGAACUGAACAGGCUACUGUAAUCUGAUAUUUCUGGAGGAAGCAGUUCUUCAAGCCUAUCCAGUGCUGCUGAAGGUGGUUCAAGACACUCCAGAUACUUGUCUGAAUGAGGGACAUGCGGAACAGUGCCGUAUCCAACAACUGUAUUAUUUGGGACACAUGUCUGCUGUAAGGAAAAAGACCCAAAGAAUUGCAAUGUUCAGAUAAUGAAAUACAAGGACAAUUUUUUUUAUUUUAAAAAUCAGGCAGUUAAGACAUCCUUUGAAGAUCUUCAUUGUUAAAAGCUUUUCCUAUGAGUACAGCAUGGUGCAGAAGUCCCAUUAAGAGACCCAUUUCAUUUACAAAAUAAAAACUCAGUCCUUACUUUAGGUUUUGUUAUCAGAGGCUCUGUAUCUGGAAGAGACGUUUCUGUCAUAUGAUUAGAGGCAUCCAAUUUAUUACUCUCUGGGGAUAUGGCAUCCUUUCUGCUGGGAAUCUUCAAGCCAGGUGUGCAGAACUCAGGUGCAGCGGGUGAAGCCAUAUAAUCGUCAUCUGAAAACACAGUAUAUGAUUGGCAAUUUCACAUGGAUAGUGAGUCUACAAAUUCAUUCAGGUGUAAAAGGAUGAAAAUGCAGAACUGAGGACCACACUUCCAUGAAUGAAGAGUUCUCACUGGACCCAGAGAUUUAUAUCUGAAUGCUAUAGAAACUUUCAUCACUGGUGAAUGCAAGCUUUUGGCCUUUCUGCAUAGCAGAAUUUGAUACAUGCCUCUGAACAGUUACAUUCAGAUAAUGAAAUCAGAUUGCCAGAAACAAGUUUUCCCAAAUUCUGAAACUCCUUAUCGGGAUAAAUUGUCAUCACUCUCUCAGUUCAUACCCACUUCAGUGGUUUCUGGUCCAUUUCCAGGCCAAAUUCAAUGUACUGGAUAUGACCUUAGGCUGGGGCAGCCAACAUGGUGCCCACCUUGAGAACAAAUUAUCUAAAGGGCUGCCGCCUCCUUCAAUAUCAACUAGGGCCACCCUCCUGCUUGUCCCACCAUCUGAUGUUCAACUGAUGGUGGUAUCUCAUGUGGUUGGUUGCCUCUAGGCUCCAGAACCUAUCCCCUUCCUGAAUGAAGUCAAAGACAUUUUUCAUUCCAGCAGCCUUUAGGUGUGUUGAAUAGGCAAUUGUUUUGUUUUGCUCCUGGUUUUAAAUUGGAGCUGCUUACUAGAUUUUAUUUCAGCUUUCAUUCUGCCUGUUCUUUGUUUUUCUUAGACUGUUUUUAUGAAACUUGUGAGCUGCCUUGAACCCUUUUCUAGACAGAAAGGCAGUAUAUAAAGGUUUUUAAGGGCAGGGGGUGCAGAACAGCUUCAACCUAUAUUUGGAUAGCCCAAGAUGUUGUAAGUUAUUCAACUGUAUGAAAUAUCAAUUAAAAAUAUUUUUUAUUCAAUUUCUAAAUAAAUGCGCUUCCCAGUU